AUGGCGAAGAAGGUAGCUGGUGCUUCAAUCGGCCCCUUCCCUUUUGCGGACGUCGAAGCUGACUCAGGCUUGGUUUCCGACGUGCCGGAGCAGCUUCCAGAGGAGCACCCCGACGCCGACCUUGUGUCCGCCCUGCCCAGCGCGCCGAUGGCCAUGGGCCUGUCGAACCUCCGUCUCUACAAGGGCUUCUGGCUGCCGGAGUGGUCUGUCCCGGCGGCCGUCGCCCUACAGCGCCGCUUCGAGCCCCGCCGGGACGACGUCAUCGUGGCCAGCUUCCCCAAGAGCGGCACCACGUGGGUCAACGCCCUGACGUUCGCCACCAUGGCGCGGCGCGCCUACCCCGCCGCCGACGCCGGGCACCCGCUGCUACGCCUCAAUCCGCACCAGUGCAUCCCUUUCCUGGAGGGCCUCUUGGGCAGCCGGCGAGGGGAGGCCAAGCUCGAGGCGCUACCCUCCCCGCGCCUCAUGAACACGCACAUGCCGCUGGCCAUGAUGCCGCGAACCGCCGCGCCGCCGCCGGGCGGGGGCGGGUGCAAGGUCGUGUAUGUCUGCAGGGAGCCCAAGGACAUGGUGGUCUCGCGGUGGCACUUCCACCGGCGGCUGCAUCCAGAGCUGCCGUUCGCCGACGUCUUCGAGGCCGUGUGCAGCGGCGCGGUGGCGUACGGACCGGCGUGGGACCACAUGCUUGGCUACUGGAGCGCCAGCACGGCGAGGCCGGACAGCGUCCUCUUCUUGCGGUAUGAGGACCUGCUGCGGGACCCCGCCGAGCACGUCAGGGCGCUGGCGCGGUUCGUGGGGCUGCCUUUCUCCGGCGCCGAGGAGGAUGCCGGCGUCGUCGACGACAUCGUCAAGCUCUGCAGCUUCGGCCACCUCAAGAACCUGGAGGCCAACAAAACGGGCAACCUGAAUCCCAUGCUCCCGAUCCCGCGGGACGCGCUAUUCAGAAAGGGCGUGGCAGGUGACUGGGCGAACCACAUGACGCCGGAGAUGGCGCGGCGCCUGGACGAGAUCGUCGCGGACAAGCUCCAUGCCGUAGGGCUCGCCUUCCAUGAGGGACGACUCGACUGA